AUGUCUGGUGUUACUCCCAAUGAUUUGCAAGAUCUAGAUGAUAUUUCAAAGAAGGAGGUUAUGUCAUUUUUACAGGCUGAACACUCCAAGCAAAAGGUUCAAAUGUCGAUUCACCAGUUCACAAACAUGUGUUUCAAACAAUGUAUUAGUUCUAUUAAUAAUGCAGAAUUAAGUUCUCAAGAAGAUCUGUGUUUGAAGAACUGUGUUAACAGGUUUUUAGAUACUAAUAUUAGAGUUGUUCAAAGUUUAAAAAACAUUCAAUAG